AUGAAGCCGUAUUCGAAAGAGGCGCUAUGUAGCGCAUUAGAAGAGGUUAGGCAACAAACCUUAUCUAUAAGAGCUGCCGCCAAGAAAAACAGCGUGCCAGUCACCACACUACAUAACAGGGUUUCCGGAAGGAUCACGAUGGGUGCUAAAUGGGGGAAGACAACUCUUUUGCCAUUAGCCAAAGAGAAAGAGCUGAUUAAUUAUGCAUUGCAAAGAGCCGAGAUGGGCAUCGGCUUUUCCAAAGAGACUUUCCUUAGAUUUGCUGGACAGUUUGCUAAAUCUGAGGGUGUUACCUUCAAGAACAGUGUUGCGUCCGAGAAAUGGUGGCUGGGUUUGAAGCAAAGAAACCCCGAAUUUUCCCUUAGAACUGCGGAACCCACAGCAUUAGGGAGACACAUGUCUAUAACAAGGCUUCGUAUCUCCAGGUACUUUUCGCAGCUGAUAUCUGUCCUAGUAGAAAAUAGUCUACUAGACAAAAGUCCAUUUAUUUGGAAUAUGGACGAGACUGGUCUGUCCUUAUCUCCAAAGUGUCCUAAGGUUUUGGCAAGGAAGGGAUCCAAGGUGGUACAUGCUAAGUCAUCUUCACCCAGGGAACUAGUCACCAUAAUUGCAUGUGGUAAUGCUUCGGGAUAUGUAAUACCACCCCAUGCUUUCAUUCCUGGUAAAACUGUCCGAGCCCUUAGAAGUUAUGGCACUGAAAAUGCUCCAGAAGGAACCAAGCUGAGCGUUUCCGACAGUGGCUGGACGAAACAGGGAAUAAGUGAACUGUGGUCCGUCUUCGAGGCACUGAAGUCAAGCUGGUCUGAUCAUCUGCACAGAUUUACAUCAACAACGGGGGUAACUGUCGGACACGCUCAGUUUUUCAGGAUGUUUAAGUUAGCCUGGACAGAGUCCAUGAUAGCUGAAAAUGUAGCAUCUGGAUUUCUAGCAACUGGUAUAUGCCCGUACAACCCGGGGGCUGUACCGGAUUUAGCUUAUGCACCACCAGAGUUAUAUACUGCAAGGGUAUUAUAA